AUGUCUCCCCCUCCCAGCGCUGCGGAUGGCGCAGGCGGUUGCUCUAAAGCCGACGACCAGGUAGACAUCAACAAUCUCGGUUACGUCAAGACGCCCCAAGUCGACGGUCCAUGGACCAUUGAGAAAGUGGUCGCUUCCAUCUCUGACGAUGCGCCGCCAUCCUCUUCGGGGACCAGCUCGCCCUUGCCCUUCUUCCAUAUGCUCGAACGCCUAAAAACAACCAAGCGCGAAGGAUGGCGCCGCUUUGGCAUCGACAGGGGAGAAUCCAUCGCCGACCACAUGUACCGCAUGUCCCUCCUCACCUUCUUCGCCCCGCCCGCCCUGGCGCCCCGUCUGGACCUCAACCGGUGCAUGAAGAUGUGCCUGGUACACGACAUGGCCGAGUCGCUCGUCGGCGACAUCACGCCCGUCGACGGCGUGCCCAAGCCGGAGAAGAACCGCCGCGAGGCCGACACCAUGGACUAUCUCACCCGGGAACUGCUGGGGAACGUGUACGGCGGGCUCGCGGGGGCGGAGAUCCGCGCCAUUUGGCAGGAGUACGAGGACAGCGAGACGCUCGAGAGCCGGUUCGUCCACGACAUAGACAAGAUGGAGCUGCUUUUGCAGAUGCUCGAGUACGAGAAGCGGGCCCGCGGCAGGCUCGACCUGGGCGAGUUUGCCUACGUCGCUACCAAGUUCUCGCUGCCGGAGACGAAGGAAUGGGCCGAUGCGUUGCUCAAGGAGAGGGAGAAAUUCUGGGGGUCCGUGGAGCAUGUCCACGGAGAGGCGGGCGUUGAGGGAGGGGUGAAGCGCGACACCAGGGAAAGGCAGGACGAGUAUUACUCCAAGGGAGUGAACGAGUGA